UUUUUGCAGAAAUACACAAAAACGUGUAGAAUCGUUUAAUUCUAUCCCCUCCUAACCUCUUCACAUGGAAAUUGGCUGCUUUGGGCGCAUGCUGUUUUUCUCCCAGGCCGUGUGUCAGGGGGCUAUUAACACUUGCUCCUGCAGCCGGUCCCUGGGCCAUUUGGAAGGUUGCACGCGUUCACACCGGCGCGCGGCCCGCGGCGCCUUCACGCGCUGCCGUUUUGUUUAUGCGGAGCGAGGGCGGCUGGGGUGCGAAGGUCUGCAAGGGCUAGAUAAAGCCGAGCUGCCACGCUGAAGCGGUCGUCCCGCCAUGGAUACCACGGAGAGCGCCGAGAGCGCGCACAGCCCAGCACGUUCGCCCUCGCGCAGCCGCUGCCCGCCGCCCGCGCAGCCCGGGUCCGAGGGCUUCUGGAGACCGUGGGUUCGAACUCCUGGCGAGAAAGAGGAGCUGGCGGAACCUCGUGCUGCAGAGGUGUUGCCCAGCGGCCCGGGAAUGACUGAAGCUUCCAGGAAGCUUUUGCAAUACCAACACCCUGUCAGACUAUUCUGGCCCAAGUCCAAGUGUUACGACUACUUAUACCAAGAAGCAGAAACUCUUCUGAAAAAUUUCCCAAUUCAAGCUACAAUUUCGUUUUAUGAAGACUCUGAUAGUGAAGAUGAUGUAGAGGGGCUGGCCUGUGAAAACCAAUCUAAUUAGUUCCUUCUGUUGACAAUUGAGCUGGGUAGAAUCUGAAUUUUGUACAUAAAUGUACCAUAACCUUUUAAAACUAAUUUAUUUGUAUAUACAUUAUUAAUAAAAUAUUUUGUAAUAACUAU